AUGUCAAGCAACUCUCUGCUUUCUACACAGUAUACAGGCCUGUCUGGUCGCAUUUACACUAUCGAACAUGUUCUGCAGGAAGAAGUUUCUCCACUGCGUCAAGUCUAUCGUGCCUCGGCGGAUGGUCACAAGUUCAUAUUAAAGUACAUACAUCCUGUCAACUUUGAAGAUCUUGGAGAAGUCAAUAAUCGCCUACGUGGCAAUGCAAGCCAUGUCCGCCUUGCUGUGGACACGAUCCCUGACAAGUCUAUGUUUGUUUUCGAACACUUCACAGGUCAUCUCUUAACUCUUGCCCAGAAGGACUUGCCUCUUGCGGUGAUCAGGAGAAUCCUCAAGAAUGCCCUCACUGGGCUUGCCGAGCUUCAUGACCAGGAUAUCGUACACACAGAUGUAAAAGCAGACAAUAUUUUUAUCAAUUGGCAGAAUCGCAAUGAUGAGAUUAUUGUUGACCAAGUUCAACUUGGAGAUCUGGAAGAUGCAGCUCAUAUCCCCCCAGGGUGCGACAUGGUCGGGAAACAGGCAGGAAACUGGAUUUGGAGGAGCCCCGAAGCCCACGCAAGAGGGCCUGUUAACAAACCUUCAGAUGUUUUCUCGUUUGCUCUUGUUUGCAUCUGCGCCGUCCAUAAGCGCAUCAUUUUCGCAGUUCAAGAAGACAAGUUGGAAGAGGGUGUUGAUCCCCUCGCUGUCGUGAUCGAGCGCCAGAUCUCUUACUUCGCAGAUGAAGACGGACUCAAUGGAUUCUUGAAGCAUCUUGGUGACAAUCCAUGGGUUCAUGUUUUUGAAGUGACUCGGGACGGAUUCAAUCAGGAGACCCCGCGUGAGCCAUUCGCGUUCUGGAAUGGUGUUGAUGAUGACUUUAAAAGUCUCAUAUGUGCCAUGACACAUUUUGAUCCGGGGAAAAGGAUCACGGCGCGUCAGGCAUUGGAGCAUAAAUGGUUUGAGGGUGUUUGA